UCCAUUCUCUCAAACCCCAACUUCCUCUCUCUCUCUCUCUCUAACAGAAUUGUUUCAGUUUCAAUACAUAUAUUACCAUGCAACAUGCAAUUCCAUACCGGACAUGGGUCCCUGGCUGGACCGCCGGCGAGCCGAGGCCGCCGGCGAAUGUAUCCGGCGAGGAACCGAUCGCCGGCGCCGGAGCCGUGCGGGCGAUGGUGUUGGAGAAUGCGGUGGUGGUGUUCGGGAGGCGCGGAUGCUGCAUGUGCCACGUCCUGAAGAGGCUGCUGCUAGGGCACGGCGUGAACCCGCCGGUAUUCCAGGUCGACGAGGACGGCGAGGCCGCCGUCGCCGAGGAAUUGUCGAAGGUUAAUACUAGUAAUCACGUUAAAAAAGGCGGAGGGAUUGAUAUCAAUGGCAACGAAAGUAGUAAUAAAGUUCAGUUUCCGGUGGUGUUCGUCGGGGGGAAAGUGUUCGGCGGCUUGGAAAGGGUGAUGGCCACCCAUAUCUCAGGUGAAUUGGUGCCCAUACUCAAGGAAGCUGGCGCUUUGUGGCUUUGAUUAUUAUUAUUAUUUUAUCUCUAGCACUUCUUUGUUUUUGUUAUUAUUAUUAUUUUUUUAAAUUCUGAAGCUGUUGUUCCUUUUCAAGAAUUUUUUUGAAGUAGAGGAAUGCAACAAAAUCCAAAUUGUCCUUCGUUGCUAACCUUUUGAAUCAUAAACGUACACGAUUUUCUUCUUCUUA